CUGUAUAAAAAUUGUAAUAGAGUUGUGUGUACACCUGUUCUGUCAUAAUUUUUUGAGGGUGUUUACGCGUAUUCUUCUUCAUACAAUCAGAGAGAUUUUUCAACGCAGAGAACGAAAAUUGUAGAAAGGAAAAAAUGAAAUUCGAUUGAAAAAUUAUAAAAAUGCACGUAUAAUAUGAGUGAAAAUGUUUUGUCUAAUAGAAAUUAUUUAGUGUACAUUUUAAAUAUUUUUUGUUAUAAUGUGAAAAAUACGUAAUGAGAAAAUUAUUACCAAUUGCCGUCGUGGUUUGAGCUUCGUUCGCUUCUUCUUCGUUGUCUACGUCUGCUUUGUGCUAGAUAUUUUUAUUUCUAUCACUAGCUAAAUUUCCACCAAUUUUCCUUCAAUACUUCAAGCAAAAAACAGAGGAAAAGUCAUAUUUUAUAAACAUUAAAAAAGUUACGAGUGAAAUAGAUUUCUUAAAUGGGAAUGUUAUACAAAUGAAAAGAACUUGAGAUUGUGUGUUUUUGUUGUCGCGCUAUGAAGGAAGCUAAACAGUUUUCGCUGUGUUGGGUGGAACAGAUUGUUAAUUUCCAUUUCAUUAACAUAUCGGAGUAAAGACGAAUAUACAUUUGUAUUAAAUGUAGAGCCAACAGCUGCAUUCGCAGACAGCGAGUAAAGCAGCAAUAGCAGAGUGCGAAGGCAUUUCAACAGCAUUAAAAGAAGCAACGGGAUUACAGACAACAACUUGAUUUUAGGUUUUUAUCAUUAUGUUAAUUUAAAAGAAAGACGUCUUCUUGUGUAAAUAUUCAGCAGAUACCAUUCACAACUUUUUAUUUGCAUGUGCAUAAGGUAGUGGAUAUUUGUGAAGUAUUUGUUGUUUGGUGCAUUUUACGUCACCUCUAGGACGUGGUUCAUGAAAAACUAUUUAUCGCAAAUUGUUUUCCACUCCGCUUGAUUGCUGAUAAAAAUGGGCGCAACCGCUUCGACCAGCGGUUACCAAAUGCCAGCCACAAGCAGCAAUGGUGGAGGUAGUUCUGGCUUGUUGCUGCCUUCUUCAGCCGCAUUGACAGCCGGUGCUUCUGGCAGUGGUGGUGGUCCCGGUGGCAAUUCCUCGCUUAUGGGCGCAGCAGGCGUUGGUGUUCCCCACUUUCGGGAGCAGCGUCGUAAGCGAGUGACGGGUUUCGCAACGUUAAAACGGAAAUUCAUACGUCGGCGACGUUCUUCAAAAGCCUGUGAUCAUGCGCGUGUUUUGCGCGAUUUCGUAUCCGACUGGACCCCGUUGGAACUUGCAGCGUUAUGUGAAGAGUAUGAGGCAUUGGCUGCACUAAGAGAUCUAUCGGUACAAGCGGAACUGGCGCGUCCACCUGCGACAACAUUUAAACAAGAUUUGGCGGCAAUUUAUGAAAUGAAAACUUGUACAGACUGUGAUUUGGUCUUUCGUGGAUCUAUUUUUCCAGUGCAUCGAUCCAUACUCUCAUCACGAUGCUCGUAUUUCAGGGAUUUACUAGCGGGAUGUCCAGGCUUUGGUGCACGCAUUUGUCUUGAAUUGCCAACUUCGCCCAUCGAUGUUCAGAUGUUCUCAUCGCUAUUACGUUUCCUGUAUACGGGUGAUCUUUGUCCACAUGAUCCAACCAUUGACAUAAAUCUGUUGCGACAGUUGAGUGAUGACUUCGGUACACCGAAUCCUCUGGAACAUGAUCUUCGGUAUUUGCUCGAGACAGGCGAUUAUGCCGAUGCGGCUUUAGUGUUCACAGUGGAGGGCAACGAUUAUCAUCGACCCGAUUCUGGUAGCUCUGAGUAUGGCUUUAGACCUAAACUGGAACUGCCCUGCCAUAAGGCGAUCCUUAGUGCUCGUUCACCGUUCUUUCGGAAUCUAAUCGCACGUCGGACGCGAAAUAUUGAUGAGUACACCGAACGUGCAUUGCACGUUCCAACGAGGAUUGUGCUUGAUGAGACGGUGAUACCGAAGCGAUACGCGCGAGUGUUGUUACAUGCUAUCUACCUGGACACAGUCGAUUUGACGCUAAUCUUACGUGGUGCUGGUUCUGGUAAUUCGGCGGGAUCGCUGGGUGAAGUACAUGCGUUGACGAAUACGGGACGUGCGCGACCUACGCCACUGGAGGAGGCUAUGGAGCUGUACCAAAUUGGAAGGUUUCUCGAAUUGGAUAUUUUAGCACAAGGUUGCGAAGACUUGAUACUUGAAUGGCUAACAUUAGACACGCUGCCCACAGUGCUUAGGUGGGGCUCACAGCCUCAUGGUUCGGCUUGGGUUUAUCGGCAAGCAUGCCAAUAUCUGCGAGAAGAAUUUUCAGCCGUUAUUGCGUCACCGGUGCUGCAUCAGCUCGAUAAGUCGCAGUUAAUACAUGUGUUGCAGAGCAAUUUUUUGCAGGCGUCAGAAUUAGAGGUUCUGCAGGCUGUUCUUAAAUGGGGAGAGCAAGAACUGAUAAGACGCAUGGAGGAUCGUGAACCAAAUAUCGUGUCACAUACGGCACAUUCUGUGACAAGAAAAGGUGUGAAAAAACGAGACCUUAGUGAUGUCGAAUUGCGAGAAAUUCUUUCAGAACUGCUGCCAUUAGUUCGUAUGGAUCACGUUUUGCCACCCAAUAGUGAAGUACUUGCGCAAGCUAUUCGUCGAGGUCUUGUGAGUACGCCACCUUCGCACAUGAUUAGUGACGAUCGGGAAAAUUUGCGUGUUAACGCCUGGAUUCGGGGAGGAAAAAACCAGGGUCUCUUCGUGCGGCCGCGUCUUUUCAUGCCGUAUUUUGAAGAAGUGAAAGUAUUGCUUGAAGAUCGAAUGGCAUCAUCUCAUCAUCAGGCAGAGUUGAUGCGAAUGCGGCGAUCUCGACAUCUGCCCGACAUUCCCGACACAUUAUACAUGGUGUCUCGUAUAAGUGCAGCUAAAAAACCCAACGUACCUACAGCGGCUGCGGUGACAGGCAAAGAGAGUGUUAACAUAUUAGCUGCAGCAGCCGCCAUACCGCCCCCCGACACACAAACUUUGGCAGCGUUGCUCAAACGCGAACAUAAGUUACAUCAAUCACCGAUGUGUCAACGUGCACUGCUUUUGCCGCUUUCAUCGAAACAUGAAAUCGACCGACAGAUUCGCUUGCGAGUAGUCCGUGAGUUUAAUCUGCCCGAUGCAGUCUCAGAUUUGCUUGAAACGUCAUUGCUUAGCAAACAGAAUGCUGCAAAUGCAGCAGCUGCGUCAGCUGCAGGAACAACUGUUUCUGAAGACACCGGCAUAACAUCAACCACUCAAACUGAUCCGGCACUUAUCGAAGAUGAUGAUCAAACGCCGCCACCUUCUCCGGCGGCUGCAGGAUCCGUGCCUCGACUUACCGUAGCCGGUGGAUAUCUUUCGACGUCAGUGGGCUCAUCGGCUGCUUCUUCCACUUGUGGUGGUGAUGGUAUACAACCAUGUUACAGUCGUAAUUUAACAUUUCCAAGACAGCACCCGGGCGGCUUGCUGGGUCUGGGAAGUAGCGUUGGUAUGGGUAUGCUAACAAAUGUCGGUGUUGGUGGUAGCGGAGCUCUUCAAGCGAAUUAUGCACGACUCUCAGCCUCGGUACAUCAUCGAAACGAUUUGCCGGCGUUAAUAACGGAAGGAGAUUAUCGUUUUCCCCACGGUAGUGCGUUGGGCAUUAACAUUGGAGCUGAGGGCGGUGGUGGUGCGGUAGGAUGUGGGGAUGGUGGCAACGGUGGUCAUUUGUCGGACAUGAUGCCGGAUGUAGCAAUGGCAACAGCGUCAUUGGGUCAACUGCAUUUGGCGAAUAACUCCAAUAACAGCAAUAGUGGAGAUAUGCAUGAAAGUCUACAACUCGACUUGGGAGACGGAUCGAGUCACAUAAUGGGAGGUGGGGCACCUGGUGCUGUUGUACCGAUGGGAUUGCGGGGCAUGCAACACCAACUGCCACCCAGCAAUUAUCACCACUUCAUGCAACGCUCAAAUUCACCAUUCGACAUGCUAAGACAAGGUCAACAUUCACCAGCACCACAUCCACCACCUGGGACAUACAAUUCAGGGCCGCCCAGAUUCUUAUAGAGUUUGCGAGUGGCCCCCGAUCAGGGCCUUUAUUUUAGCAUGCCUUUUUGAGGAACACAAGAAAUUGAAUCCAAAAUUACGUAGCGGGCAUUAUUUUAUGUCACGUCAAAACUGUGCAUAUUGAGGCUUGCAUCCGAAAUAAGGAACGUUUACGCAUUUUCCGUUUCAACACGAAAUUAUGUGGGGUGCUAUUGAAGAUAAGCGUGUGUUCACCUGCUAUGUAAAACGUUAUGAUAAGUGGAAAAGUUUCCUUAUGCUCAGUUUCGGUGUGCUUGGUUGUUUGUUUUUUUUAUUUUUAUUUUUUUUAGAGAAAAAGCUGCGAAAAUGACCGGACCAAACCCCAACAUACAUAUGUACUUAUCGCGAUGUGGAAAGAUAUAGCGCUCCUCUAGUGUUCACUUCUUUAACUGUAUACCUAUGAGUCUGUCAUACUUUAUCUGCGAUUUUUGUUUUUCACAAUUUCACUAAAAAUUUUGUUAUCCCUUCUGCUUCUUCGUGUUUGUUUAUUUUUAGUACAACUAGAUACUAUCUCGUUGGACAACAAAGUAGCGUACAACAAAUUUUUGCAUUUCCAAAUAUUAUAUAAUUUUGUUUAUAUUUGCACUCACUUGAGCUAAGACCUUUGCCAAAAAUUUUGAAAUAUUAAAGGAUAGUUUAUUGUUAGCUGAAAAAAUAUAUUGUAACUAUCGCAAAAAACAAAACAGCUCGAUUCUCAAUUACACGCUCCAAUAGGUAAAAUCGUGCAUUUCUAGAAAAUCAUAUUUUUUUUCUGAGAGAAGAUGGUUUUCGGUUUCGGUCCAGUUAGGCAGACUUGAGUACUCCAAGAAAAGACCAAUCAUACAAUCCAAUAAGUUUGAAAAAUAUCAAAAGUUACUAGAAAGUUUGCUUCGUAUGUGGGAAACAGUUUAAAAAUAUAAAGACUUCUUAAAAGUGCUAGCCAAAUAAAUAAUUUCACGGUCUCAGUUAUCUCAUAUUUCACAGAAAUAAAUUCUUCAUGAAAUCUCAUACUAAGUGCGCUAUUGGGGUGUCCAAAUCAAAAUGUUACACCUCUAUACUUUAUGAACCGAGUUCCUUUACUUAUGCUGAACUAUGCUUUAUUUUCGCCUUUGCUUUAUAUUAGCCUGUACAAAUGUUCGAUUUGUAUUUCAUUCUUGAAAAGUGCACUAUAUCUUUGCCCAUGGCUGUAUAGGUUACAGCACUCGAAAUUCAAAAACAAAAACGCUAAAAUAAGGGACGCACAUAAAAUGGAGUGACGAUUAAAAACAACACAACACACUCGCACAUUAAAAAAUUAAUCUAAGUUUAGUCGACUUCAAACGGCGAACGUAGUAAGCAGCGAAAAGGUGCUUACUGCACCUUUUUAUAUUGUAAAGUACUGUAAAAUGCGCAAAUGUGAAAGAAAGAGUUCGUCUAAAGUAGCGAUCAAACCAAUAUUUAAAAUAAUUAAUGAGUAAUUAAUGAGAAUUAAAAAUUAAAUAUUAAAAAAAAAAGAAAAUA